GCGGCGGCGGCCGGGGGCGGCGAGAGCUGGGUCUGCGCGGGCGGUAGGCAACGGCUGAGGCAGCAGCGGCGACGUGGGUUGGGCUCGAGCGGGCUGCGGCGCCUCAGACUCCCUGGAGCGGGAGCCCACGCGGGCGAGCGGGCGGGCGCCUGAAACAAAGGGAAACGGGAGUCAAGGCGCCGCUGGUGGGCGGUCAGUCGGUCAGCGCCCAGCCGGCCAGCUGGUGUCCGCGCAAGUCUUGAGCCCGGCCGGCCGGCGCGGCUUCAGGGCGGGAAGAUGCCGCGCGUCGUGCCCGACCAGAGAAGCAAGUUCGAGAACGAGGAGUUCUUCAGGAAGCUGAGCCGCGAGUGUGAGAUUAAGUACACGGGCUUCAGGGACCGGCCCCACGAGGAGCGCCAGGCGCGCUUCCAGAAUGCUUGCCGCGACGGCCGCUCGGAAAUCGCUUUUGUGGCCACAGGAACCAAUCUGUCUCUGCAGUUUUUUCCGGCCAGCUGGCAGGGAGAACAACGACAAACACCUAGCCGGGAGUAUGUCGACUUAGAAAGAGAAGCAGGCAAGGUGUAUUUGAAGGCUCCCAUGAUUCUGAAUGGAGUCUGUGUUAUCUGGAAAGGCUGGAUUGAUCUACAGAGACUGGAUGGUAUGGGCUGCCUGGAGUUUGAUGAGGAGAGAGCCCAGCAGGAGGAUGCAUUAGCACAACAGGCCUUUGAAGAGGCUCGGAGAAGGACACGUGAAUUUGAAGAUAGAGACAGGUCUCAUCGGGAGGAAAUGGAGGUGAGAGUUUCACAGCUGCUGGCAGUAACUGGCAAGAAGACAACAAGACCCUAGUCCUGGUUCUAAUUUAGGUGGUGGUGAUGACCUCAAACUUGGUUAAUUAGUAGCACAGCAGAUGUGCCACUCAUCUUUACAUACACAUUGCUUCUAGUUGGUAGAAAUAAUUGAUUACAAGACCAGAAACUGUGAUAACUGGAGGUACUACGGUCUAUUUCUCAACCUUAGGCGGUAACAGACAUCACAAACUGCCAUGGUUUUGCACUAUGAUUAUAAUACCUACAUUUCUAAUUUGUUAAGCAUGUAGCCAGUAAUAAUUUGAAAUUUUUUUCUAUGCAAGCUUAUCUUAUUGGCAUUAUUUUACUGAGUUAAAACUAUCCAUUUGUAAAGCCCUUUUUUCUUCAUUGUAAUUUAAAAGUUCAUGUCAUUUAAAAACAGGUCAAGAAGUUAAAGUUUGUAUCAGAGGGUUUUUUCCUCCCCUAAUCAGUUGCUCUAAUUUUUUUGUACUUUUAGAUGUGCUGGUUAUACAGCUUUAUUUUAGAUAAGCAUUUUUGAAUUUUUUGUUUUGUUUCCCUCAUUUCCUUUUGUGUUUUUAUAGUCUAUGGCAUUUUAAAACUGCUGAUGUGUUUGCAUUAUUUACAAGCUAAAAACCUAGUAGCACAGAGCUGUCUGCCACAGCCUUCUAACACAAAGUUUACAGUUGUUAAAGUUGCAGUAUCCUUUUAAAUACUAGUAAUCAGCACCCUUUGUUUCCUUUCUAAACAAAAUUUUUAAAUUGAUAUUAACUCUGUAAUCUGUACCAGAUCUGUUUUAGAUUGUUCUGUAAUCAUGAGUUUGGGUGGAGAUGUCCUCCAUAGAUAAUAUUCUACUGAAAUGCCUAAAGAAGUCACAGGCUGGCUUCUGUUCUAUUCAGGGAUUUUUUUAAACAGUCAGAAAAGGGAUACUGGAGCUUCUUCAUGUAUGUAACAGCAUGUUAAACUGGAGACAGUGAUAAAUCAGCUACAAAGGUAAUAUUGUAUUAAAAUCAUGUUUAAGAUAGCUGCUUUUAUGUGUAUUUUAUAUUGCAUGCUUUUGUAAAAACAAUGCUAGCUGAUGGAAGAUUAGUAGUGUUAGAAAAUGUUCAUCUGUGCAGAGGAUACAUUUUCUUCCAUUAAUUAUUCUGGGAAAAAACAUUCACCACUAUAUAUAUGGUAUUUUCCAAAAGGACUGUUAAUAGAACCUUUUGAGAUGAAUUAGUGUAAGAAUAUUUUUUAAAUAGAUUCAGUAUCAAAUUGAGUGCAGCUUUUUUUUUUAAUAUAAGACUGGAAAAAAGUGCUAAGUCAUUUGGCACCUUCUUAGAAAUACUUUUCAUGGUCAUUCAUUAAAUGUUGCUACAUUUCUGAAUUUUUGCAAAAAUGUAUUUUAGCAUAAUAGAAUGGCAUUAUUUUAAAAGAGUUUGAAAAACUGACAUGGUCAGUUCAGUAAAAAAAACUGAAGUCUGAAUGAGGUCAUUACAUUUAAAAAGUGUAUUAAAUUACGUGAUUGAUUAAGGAGGCAUGACUUUCAUUGUAUAUAGAUCUUAUAAUUCAUAAACAGAUAUCCUCUAUCUCAGAAUAAAAAUAGUUGUUAUAUAUUUGAAGUCAUGCAUGGUAAGGAGUGUGUUUAAAUUGUUACAAACAAUAAUACACCAUAAAGGUCUUGCUGAUCUUCUAUAUCUAAGUUCUAUGAGUGAGUUUGGUUGGUAUUUGGUGGUGUGCAGCUCACAUGUUUACACACUCAGUGCCCUAAUUUCCCCUGAGGAAAUUGCCUUUUAAGUGGCCCUUACAGUGGUGUUUUAAGGUUACUUUAUCACAGAGCUCCUUGGUUUCUGACUUCUGCACUUAAUUUUUUUUUUUUUAAAUAACAUGCUGAUGGUACAUUGUUCUCUAUUGCUUCUAGCUAAGGGCUGUUCAUCAGUAAAUAAGAUCAAAUGUUAUUAAAUGUUUAUAUUGCCAUCCUUCUGUAAAUACUGAAUUUUUCUUACCAUUUAGCACUGCUGCUUCUGUCUGUCUUAAUGCUGGCAUUAAGAUCAUGAGCCCUUUUCCUCCAAUAGUGCAGGCUUUAAGAACUACUUUUAUUAAGUUAUUGAUGCAAUUUGAUAUUUUUCAUAAUCUCUAUUUAAAUGAAAUUACAUCAUUGCAUCAUCUUUUCUAAAAUCAUUUCCACUAAAAUUUGCCUUAAGCUAC